CGAAAAUGGAUCGUUAUCACUAAUACCUUUCGAUAGAUCCUUCAACGUAAUCAAUUUUUUCCGCCGAGAAGAACGUUCGAGUAGGGAGAAAAACAAACUUUUAUCCGGGACUGUUUUAACGCAAACUUUUUUGGAAAAGAAUCGCAACAAAUUGAAAAGUCAAAGUAUACCUUUCGUAUUGGAAAACCCCCCGGAAAAACCGUUCUUCAUCAACGAAAUAAACAAAAAAUCCGAAUCCAAACUCCAAAUUAAUAAUAAAACAGAUUUCAAAAUCGAUAGACUUACACAAACUAAUAAAAAAGCCAAAAGUUUAUCUUUCAUGUCGCCUACCAUAGCUAGCCAAAGUAAAAAUCAAAGUUUACAAAUUAAAUCUAUCGAAAAACUUAUCGUCCCCUCGAGACGAGCCAGAUCGAUCAGUCCAAGGUUGCAUCAUAAAUUAAUCAAAACUCGGGCGAGUUCGUCAAUCAACGUGCCGUUCAUAGAUAAAAGCGAAGCUUCCUUACGACCCGGACUCAAAAUACAUUCGUACAAUGAUAUAGGUUCGAAAGGAGAAUUAUCUACGUCAUCGACGGAAACUGCUCUUUCUCAAGCGUUAUGGAAAUUACGAAAUCCCGAUUGGAAUAAAUCUCUACGAGGUUUAGCCGAUAUAAUAGAACUUUGUGAAUAUUUAGGACCGGAAUCGAUACGACCCCACAUGACCAUCAUCAAUCAGAGGUUAACGGAAUUGAUCAAAAGUCCGAGAUCCCAUGUCAGUAGAUCGUCUUGUCAAGCUGUCGGACAUAUAUUCAAAUAUAUAAAAGACACUCGAGGACCCGAAUUUAACGAAUUAAUAGACACGCUUCUCUGCAAAUGCGCAGAUUCCAGCAAAUUUAUCCGUCACGACGCGAAUUCCGCUCUCGAUUGUAUGGUUAUACAUAUACCGACGUUUCACGCGAUUCGAGCGCUGUGCGCUAAAGGACCCGAACAUAAAAAUCCCCUAGUUCGUACUGCUACGGCGAGAUUGAUCGUAUGCGCAACCAUUCUAGCGCAACCGCAAAAUAUACUCCAUCCGCAAAGCAACGAAUACACUAGGAGGCGAAUCAUUUUGUCUAUGGUGGGGUUUCUGGACGAUAGACAUUCGGAAGUUAGAAAGUAUGGCGAGAGGUUGUACAAGAUAUUGAGUAAAGAUCGAAUAUUUGAUUUCUAUCUUAACAAAUACCUAGAGAGAGAUGUCGUAUUCAAGAUGAAAAAGAUAAUUAAAAUGAACUAAAUUUAAAUAUUUUAUAUUAUUUUUUGUAUUAAAUUUAUUAAAUGUUAUUUAUUUUCUCGAUUUGUUCAAUUAAGUAUAAUUUCGAG